UCGCGUUUCGUUAAAUCCGCCACGGCCACCGUAGUCCAAGCGUCGCCCUUUAACAAACUUCAUUCGAAGCUUUUGUGGCGGGAGGAGUUACUCUUUGGUUAGUUCGGUACAGUAACGUAGAGAUAAAAUUAAUUAAAUAAUAUAGUACGACGUUUCAUAUUGCUACACAAGCAACCGUCAUCAGCAUCAGCGGCGGCGGCAGCAGCAGCAGCACGGCCACCGUAGUCCGGAAGUGGCGGCCUCCCCCAUCGCUCGCCAUGGCCGAGGUGGACAGUCUGACUCGUGCCGUUCCGCCGGGACGCCUCGUGGCCAAAGCCUUCGUCCACCGUGACUACAGCCUGGGCACAGCCUGCCGCUACCACGUUCACUUCCCCAGUGAGCUCACCGGUAAGGUGGAGGCGCAGCAGUUUGAGGAAACGCUCCGGGGGCUGAACGCCCUCUUUGAGGAGGCUGAGCGGCUGGACAGCCACACGUACUUGGAGAGUUGUCUGGCGUGUCUCACAGCCUACCUCGUGUACACCUGUGUGGAGACGCACUACCAGAAGGUGCUGAAGCGAGUUAGUCGCUUUGUUUGUGAGCAGAAUGAGGCGGUGUACGUGCCUCGUGGACUCCACAUCACGGACCCCAUGGAGAGAGGCCUCAGAGUGGUGGAGGUGAGCGUCUACGAAGACCACUGAGUCAACUGGGGCGACGCUCACCACUCCUCACCACUCCUCACCACUCACUCACUCACUCGCCCACCCACUCACUCGCCCACCCACCCACUCACUCGCCCACUCACUCACCUACCCACUCACCCAC